CUUUCACCGCACCCCCCAGACCCACUUCAAGCAACUCCUGGUUUCAAGCACAAUAACAGCACCAUAAUAGCGGUUGUGCGGAGCGGAGAGAUAAUUGAGAUAUUGUAGUUCUAUCCUAUCGUCAGUGAGGCACAAUGGGCGUCGUCCGGACAUAUAACAGCCCAAAAGGUCCCCUUCCCCUUCUCUUCCUUUCUUUCUUCAGUUCAGUUCAGCUUCGCCUUCUGUCUACGACACAAUUCCAUUUGCAUACCUGCUGAAAGCCUCUGGGAGGUUUCUUCUUUCCUUUCGACUUCCGAAUUUCACAGCGUCUGUGACGUUUUUUUAUUAUCUUUUGAUUAUCCCCUUGCCCACCGUUUCGAAGUUGGUUGCCAGUCAACAUGCCGUCGCACGUUGAGAACUACAUCGAUUCGCUCUUCGAGGACGAUUGGAACCCCGAGUUCGCCGUUGACGGCAACCCCCUUCCGCCUCCGGAUUCGUUUCCCGCUGGCACCUCCACCCCAGUCGAGCAGGCUCCUGGGGCUUCCUUCUCCUCCAGCUUCGACUCCUCAGAGUUCUUCACGGCGGAGGAGUUGGGCAUCGGUGGGGCCUUCGGGCUCUCAGUAGAUGCCCUUCCCCCCUCCGACCUCCUCUUCGACUCCUCCUGGGCUGAGCCCACCACCUCCAAUACCUUCACCACCUUGGAGGAACCCUCCCUCCUUCUCUCCGAUGCCUCUGGAGAGGCCCUACUCCCUGGACCCUCCUCCUCCUCCUCCACCGGCCUCCCCUCCACCAACCACCACUCCUCUCCCUCCUCUCCCACCACCACCGCCGAGCCUUCUGGCGAGGCCCCAACUCCGCCAAAGGCGCCAGCUUUUCCCCCAUUCAAGAGGCAUUUCGCGACGGGCGACGACGCCAGGAAUCACCGACGCGCUGCAAAACGCAGCAUCAACCGAGACCCCAACAUCGCGGCCGUAAAGGCCAACAGGGACGACUGGGUUCGCCGCCUCUACGAGGCCAUGAUCAACAUCAACGGUCUCAUCGACAAGGAGUCCAGCACGCACCGAAAGCGCUUCGAAACAGGAGCCUUCGACCAGAUGGACCUGGAGGCCGCCGCCCACAACGUUUUCGACAAGGCGAUUGCGGUCCACGAGCGGGGGUGGACGAGGCCUCUGGUGUAUCACAAGGAGGCAGUCAGGGGAAAGUUCAAAGAUCCGGCGAAGAACUGCUGCAGGACCAGGUUGGAGAUUCUUUGUGAGGUGUUGACGAAGAGCAAGGCGGCUUGCAAUGACGCUUUGCAGGGGGGACUGGAGUUGGCGCAGUUGGCGUACAAUCCGAGUCUGAGGAUCGGAGGGAAGAUUGGGAACGCGAUUGCGAAUCAGCAGCGGAGGGAGAGAUUGCAGGUUGGGACGGAAGUGCUGAAUGAGCGCGCUGUGGCUGCUGGAAAGGAGGUAAAGACGAGGAAGAAGGCUCAGAAGCCGGUGGAGAAGGAGAAAGAGAAGAAGGAGAAGACGAAGGAGGGGAAGAAGGCUCAGGCCGAGUAGGGAAAUAGGGAGGGGGUUGUGAUGGUUGAAGAACAGAAGCUGACGAGAGUGAAGGGGUGAAGGAGUCUUUCUGGAGAAUGAGCUGAGAGAGAUGACUUCUGGAUGCUGAAGCUGGACUUCAAGCACCGCUUUCUGGUGGAGAUGACUGGAUGGGUUGAGGUGUGGACGUAACUUCGGGACUUAUGCUAGCAUUUACUAUGGCUCACGAGUGAAUAUGAAUUGAUGACUUUACCUGACAAAAGUCAUAUGCUCUUUCUGCACGGGUGAUAUAUUUGUGAGUUUUUCCUGAUUCUUCCCUGCCGCAAUGGUG